UUGCAUUACAUUUCGCUGUGAUUUCAGUGCCAUAAAGACAUUAAUUAAUGAUAAACCAUUUUUAUAUAACACAGGGAAUGAGCUAAGAAUUAGGAUUAAGGCCAGUAUGAAAACCAAAUCCAUCAUGUUGAAUUUUUAUACAUUAUUUAACACUACCCAACGUGGAUUAAUAGCAAGAAACCUUGGUUUUCCAUUAUUCUUUCAAAAUGCCGAUUAUGCAAAGAAAAGUAUAGAAGAAAAGUUAGGUUAUGCUGAAAAACCGAAGCGGCCUUUGACGCCUUUCUUUAGGUUUGUUGGCCAAAUUCGGGAGCAGCUUAAAAAAGAAAAUCCAACAGCUUCUACAAUGGACAUAUCUAAAUUAGCUAGUAUCAAAUGGGAAAAAGCAGAACCACACGUCAAGAGUAAAUUAGAAGAAGAAUACAAAAAAGAUCAAUUGGUUUAUAUUAAACAAAAGGUCGAAUAUGAUAAAAAUCUGACAGAAGAACAGAAAGAGGACAUAAAACAAUUCAAAGCUAAUCAACAGGAGGAGAAAUUGAAACGAGAUUUGAAAAAGCAAAAACGUGAAUUAGGAAAACCCAAAAAGCCCAUAUCAUCAUUUAUAAGUUUUAUGAAAGCGCAAGAACCUAUUCACAGAGGCAAUUUGAGUUUCAGAGAAUGGCAAGUCAAAGCCGGUGAAUUAUGGAUAAAAUUAGAUCCAAAUGUAAAAGCUAAAAUUCUGAUGAAAGCUAAAGAAGAUCUUGAUGAAUAUACGAAAAAGCUUUCAGAAUGGGAGGAAUCAAUGAUCAGGCAAGGGCAUAUUAAUAUGGUCCGAAGAAAAGCUUUGAUCAAGCCACCACAAAAUCCUUCCCAUUUCGCCACUAGGCAACCUCCUAAAAGUUCAGCAUAGGAUGAGGCGUGCCACAAUCUAGAUGUGUCUUCUUUAUUUAGUUCAGGUCAAGUUUCAGAAUUUAUUGAUAAUAAAAAGGAUAGUGUAGAGGAAAUACCAAAGCCAAGUACAAAUGCAGAACCAAAUCAAAGUUAUGUUAAAAAAGUAGAAGAUAAAAUGUGUGUCAAAUCACAACAAACAGAAGA